AUGCCGAAGCCGCCGUUACUGCUGCGGGGGAGCCGCCCCGGGGACAGCGAGCUGGGGCGGCAGUUCCGGGACUGGUGCCUGCGCACCUACGGGGACUCGGCCAAAACCAAGACGGUGACCCGGAGCAAGUACCAGCGCAUCGCCGAGGUGCUGCAGGGGGGAACCGGCUCCGGCGGCGGCUCCGGCGGGGGGGAGAAAGGCAAGUUCCAGUUCUGGGUCCGGUCCAAGGGCUUCCGCCUGGGAAACGGCACCAGGGAGGCGACGAAGAUGGGUCAAGUGGUGGUAUAUGUGCCGGUGAAAACGGGAACGGGGGCAGAUGGACUGUCGGAGCCCGAGGGCAUCUCUCUGAAACGCGUGGCCGUGGUGGAAGAUUUCUUUGACAUCAUCUACUCGAUGCAUGUGGAAAGCUCGUCGGAGCCGGGCAAAGCACCCAAACAUGCCGGGCAGAAGAAAACCUACCGAGCGAUUGCAGAGACCUAUGCUUUCCUCCCGAGAGAGGCUGUGACCAGGUUCCUGAUGAGUUGCACUGAGUGCCAGAAGAGGAUGCAUUUCAACUCCAACGGCCUGGAGCCCAAAGAGAGCGAGCCGCCUUCCUCCUUGGUUUCUGGGAUCAUUGACUACAACAUGCCCCUCACCUCCACCUACCUGAAGCAGAUGAAGCUGCGGGUGAUGAAUUCCCAGGAGCAGGAUGAGACGUCGGUGAGCAGUGAGGACUUUGAUAUGAACGACUCCACAUGGAUCUCAGCUGACCAGCACCUGAACUCCAGCCUGAGCCCCAGCCAGGACGAGAGCAUGCGCAGCCCGCAGAACCUGCACGGCCAUGAGGACGAUGACUCCUCGUCAGAGAGCUGCAGCGGGAAUGGCUCCUCCACCCUGAACCCCUCCACCUCCAGCAGCACGCAGGGCGACAGCGCCUUCCCCGAAAUGAACGGCAAUGGCACCGCAGCCCCCAUGGACUUCACCGCCUCGGCUGACGACCAGCCCAUCAACCUCUGCGACAAGCUCACGCCUGCUCACAUCACCCCUUCCUACCAGUCCGACAGCUGCAGUGCCGACGGGCUGCGCAGCAGGGUCAAGUACGGAGUGAAAACCACGGCAGAGUCCCCCCCGUACAGCUCUGGCAGCUACGACUCCAUCAAGACAGAGGUGAGCGGCUGCCCCGAGGACCUGACUGUCGGCAGGGCCCCCACAGCUGAUGAAGAUGACGAUGACCACGACGACCAUGAAGACAAUGAUAAGAUCAAUGACUCGGAGGGGAUGGACCCGGAGAGGCUAAAGGCCUUCAAUAUGUUCGUGCGCCUUUUUGUGGACGAGAACCUGGACCGGAUGGUUCCCAUCUCCAAGCAGCCCAAGGAGAAGAUCCAGGCCAUCAUUGAGUCCUGCAGCCGGCAGUUCCCCGAGUUCCAGGAGCGGGCACGCAAGCGCAUCCGCACCUACCUCAAGUCCUGCCGUCGCAUGAAGAAGAACGGGAUGGAGAUGACCAGGCCCACACCGCCCCACCUGACCUCAGCCAUGGCGGAGAACAUCCUGGCCGCCGCCUGCGAGAGCGAAACGCGGAAAGCAGCCAAGAGGAUGCGGCUGGAGAUCUACCAGACCUCCCAGGAUGAGCCGAUCGCUCUAGACAAGCAGCACUCCAGAGACUCCACAGCCAUCACCCACUCCUCCUACUCACUGCCAGCUUCAUCUUACUCCCAAGACCCGGUCUACAUCAAUGGAAGCCUGAACUACAGCUACCGUGGCUACGGGUCCCUGGGGGGCAGCCUGCAGCCCCCCGCAUCCCUCCAGACGGGCAACCACAGUAAUGGUCCGACCGAUCUCAGCAUGAAAGGUGGGGCCUCCAGCACAGCCCCCUCCAACAGCACCAGCCGGGGCAUGCAGGCGGCCCAGCUCAGCCCCACGGAGAUCAGCGCCGUGCGGCAGCUCAUCGCCGGCUACCGGGAGUCGGCGGCGUUCCUGCUCCGCUCUGCAGACGAACUGGAAAACCUCAUUUUACAGCAGAACUGACUCCCCGUGUCUGCAUCGCUCCUCGGUCGACAAGACAAUUUAUACCUGCUAGAAGGAGGCUCCCGGCGGUGUCCUGCUCAGGACCACCAUCGUCCUCCCGCCGCGCGGUGGGCACACGUAGUUUUAGAAGGUGGGAUCCAAAAGACCUGUUUUCUUUUACACUCCGAGCACCUGGGACUUCAGGCACAAGGACACGUUUUGGAACCGGACCAACACCCGUGCCUCCGGCCGACCAGAAGCCAACCCCGCAGCUUGGAAGGAUGUGGGACUUUGAAGGGCAGAAGGGAGCCUGGGGAGGUUUGGGGCUGCAGAUGUAUUUAGAAUAACCUUUGUGGACCCAAAUGUUAGAUUCCCAUCCCUGGAUAAUUUCCAAGUCUUAGGUGAGCUGAAUCGCAUAUUUAUUGAGAAAUGGACCCUCCUCUCCCCUUAGUAAUUUAUUUUUCUGAAAAUGGAUUCUUUUGAGUUUGUACAGAUUGCCAGUUUUUUGUCUGUCUGAUCAGAAGGAAUUUAUUCCUGUGAAAUAACACAUUCCAUAUCACUACACUACUAAUUUCCAGGCAGCUCUGCCUGUUUCUCUGGUGAACCAUUGUCCCACAGGGAGCAAGUUUGCCAUCCAGCCCUUGACAUCGAGGCCGCUCAGCCUCCAGUGAGCGUAGGUGGGAGCUGAACAGCAGCGCAAGCGUCCUGCUUAGGCCUUUGUUCUAAGGGGUCCCGUAGCAGCAGUGGGGUCUGAACCUCCCGCAGAGACUCGGCAAGCCUAGCAGACCUCCGGCUGGAAGGACAUCUCGCACUCAUUAAAGUCAUUGCAGAUCAGAGAAGGAAGGAAGAAAGGAAGGAGAUACCUGAGAAACACUGUCUUGCGGUCACCAUCCGUACUCUACCUCACACUCCGUUGUGGGCUUCUUCCAGGACUGGCCGCGCCGGUCCUGGCGGGCAGCGAGCGUUGCAGACACGGGGAUCGUGCCCAGGAGGCUGGAACCUCCGGCU